CCCAAUCCCCCUCCCCCCGGCGCCCCUAGUCGUCAGCCCCCACCGCCGCCACCCACUGAGCCCUACACCCCCGCUCCAGCCCAGCCUCCGCCGCCUCCGCCGCCGCCACCUCCACCUCCUCCUCAGCUACCGCCGCCCCCACCUCCCCCACCCCCCAUGCCGCCGCCGCCUCCUCCGCCUCCGCCACCCCCCAGCUCUCCCGAUAUGCCUCCCGCGGGGUCCACCCUCCAGGCACCCAAACUGCCCGCGCUGCCCCCCGCCGCGCCGCCGCCGAGUCCACGACCGCCCGUUCCGCGCCCGCCGCCGCCGCCGCCUCCUGACUGGCCGCCGUACUCCCCAGACCCACCCAGCCCCCUGUCGCCUCCGCCACCCCCACCGCCGCCGCCGCCACCCCUGCCCCCGCCGCCGCCUCCUCCACCACCCCCUCCGCCGCCUCCCAACCUGCCUGCGCCUCCGCCGCCUCCGCCACCUCCGCCUCCCCCCAUGACCCAAGUAGAGAUCCUACUGGGCUUCCCGCCGCCGCCGCCGCCGCUGGCAUCCAUCAACAUCAGCCUCUUCAACAUCACCGGUGACUACAGCGGAGGCGGAGAUUACGUGGCCGACAAUGUGACCUCGGAGUUGGGCAGCUCCUUCGACCCCGCGGAGUACAAGGAGGUGCCCGUCACGCUCGCCAACCUGACGGUGGUGGCGGACGCCUGGAUGCAGCCGCUGCUGUACGACAGCAAGUCCCGCGCCGAGUUCUGCUACACCAUCCGCAUGGCGCUGCCCUUCACGCAGUUCCUCAUCCGCGUGCGCAUCAACAAGAUCCUCUGGCGCACCGGCGACUGGAUCGCGGAGCAGAAGAACAAGGUGCAGGCGUUGAGGGGCUUCCCGCCGCCCUCGCCGCCGCCGCCGCCACGGUCGCCGAAAGCGCGCAUCAUGCCGCCUCCGCCGCCGCCCCCGCCGCCGCCGAAGAAUGACACGAGCUACCCGCGCAUGACGUUCUUCUUGCAGCUGUGGGUCGAGGAGUCCACGGAGACGGAUGUCCGCCGCGCGCUGGCCAGUCAGACGCUGGUGGACCUGUUCCAGUUCAACCGCUUCCCCGUCUACUCGAUCGCACUGCUGGACACCAAGACAACAUCCUUCACGAUCUUCACCAAGCGCCUCGCCACCCCCGACUACGAGCCUCCCCAGCUGACCCUGCGCGGCGACCCGGACACCUACGUCAACCUCUACCAGUCCUACGUGGAGCUGGGGGCGGCGGCGGUGGAUGACCCGGACGGGGCGCUCAGCGACGAGCUGGUGAUCAUGCAGCUGGUUCAAUGGAACGAGAGCCAGUAUUGCUGCGAGACCACCUUCCCCUUCGACACCAGCACCCUCACCGACCCCAACAAGCCCUUCACCAUCACCUACGACGUGUACGACUAUGUGUGGAACAGGGCCACCACCCUCACCCGCCGCGUGCACGUGAUCGACCCCUGCGGCGCCAACUCCUCCAACGUGGAGCACAUGUGCGCCGACACGCAGCGCUGCUCCAUCCUGGGCGGCCUGUGCGGCAGUGUGACGCUGUACCCCGAGGUUGUGGCACUGGCGCGGUCGGUGGUGGUGACUGCCGCCACCGACAGCGGCGGCAGUGCGGAGCAGGCGGUACCGCUGGCGAGCAGUGUGCUGAGCCUCGUGAGCGACCCCGUGGUGGACACGCAGGCUCCCACGAUCCAGCUGCUCCCCAUAGACGGCACCUUCUUCGACGUCCCCGCCAGCGACGGCUCCCCCGCGCUGCAGGGCAUCCUCACCUACAUCACCCUGGGCGACAACUUCACGGACCCGGGCUACCUCGCAACCGACAACUACGACACCGGCGUGCAGUCGCGGGUGGUGCGGCGGUACGCGGAGCUGGUGGACACGUCAGCACCCACCUCGAACAGCGUGCCCUUUGCGAUCACGUACGACGUGACGGAUGUGAGCGGCAACAAGGCCACCACGCAGAUCCGUCUUGUGUUCGUGCAGUGCCCCGCCUCCGCGCCCAUUCUGUGUUCCCCCGACGAGCGGGUGGUGCCCGUGUCGGGGCGCACUCGCUGGUACUGCGCCACCCAGUACUGCGGGGUGCCGGACUUUGUGGGCACGGCGCUGAACUACACGGAGGCGACUGCCCCCAGCGUCAUCACCAACACCGCCCCCACCAUCCGCCUCAAGGACAUGGCCGCACUGGUGCUGCUGUACGACAACCAGACGUUCGCCAAGUGCCCCCAGCCCGCCCAGCCGCGCUGCGAUACGGGGGCCGUCGCUACGGACGCGGAGGACGGAGACAUCAGCCACAAGAUCCACGUGUGUGCUGACGUGGCGAUUGACGGUGCCGACACGCUGUGGGAGCACACGGGUCUGUCGGCCUGCAGGCUGGGCGCCGUCAUGACUCCCGGUCUGCACAGCAUCACGUACAGCGUGACGGACAGCAUGGGCGCCAGUGCGGCUGUGGUGCGGCAGGUGCUGGUGCAGCGGAGGUGCCUGGAGGGGCAGAUCCAGUGUCCCGACGGCAGCUGCUCCGAUGACGACGGCUGCUACUCGUACGACACCUCCACCACCUCGGCACUGGCAGCGUACAGCAACUCCUCGGCGAGCACCACCCUUGUAACCGACAUCACCGGCGGCAGCCUCUUCUCCGGCAGCAGCGCAUUCGGGGUCAGCGGCUCGCGGACUGCCUCCGCCAACACCGCACCCACCAUCAGCCUCGUCAUAAACGACCUGCUGCCCCAGACUGUGUUCCUGCCGCAGGGCUCCUCCUGGCGCAACUGCCGCGCCUCCGACGGCUCCCCACCCAACACGCUGUGCGAGCUGGGUGCCACGGCGGCGGACGCGGAGGAGGGCAACCUCACGGCCACGAUCUACGUGUGCCCCUCCGCCGAGUGCAAGGCCAGCUGCACCCCCGCGCUGUGCUCGGGUCACGAGUACACCAGCAAGGGCGUGAGGGGCUGUGUGGACACCUCGGCGGCGGUGGGCACCGCCUACCAGGUCACAUUCCUGGUGUGCGACAACGGCACCCCCCGCCUGUCCGCCACCGUCAACCGCACCGUCGUUAUCGACCAGCGCUGCGCGGACGGGCAGUACGACUGCGACGGAGUCUGCCAGAACAUACCCUGCACCUCCAUGGCCUCCAUCACCCGGGCCCAGCAGGGCACCAACGCCUCACCGCAGCUCAUCCUGCUGCCCCCCGGCACCUCCCUCGCCACCGCGCCCGUAGCCGCGGAGGGCAGCGUGCUCAGCAUCACCACCUUCCUCACCUUCGGCAUCGCCGCGCCCCUCAGCUUCAGCCCCUGCGCCUCCUCCUCCGCCUACGCGGCGUGUGCGGCCAUUGCCACGGAUGCGGAGGACGGCGACCUCACGGCCUUCAUCACCGUGGUGGACGCCACCGAGUGCGGCGGCAAGAACGCCAACCAGUGCCUGCGCUGCCAGCCGGAGCAGCUGACGUUGGGGAAGUGCUACCCGGGGACCUACCGACUGCUCUACACGGUGACCGACUACGACGGCGCCACUGCGCUGGCCUACUGGACCUUCAUCGUGGAGGCGACCGCCAACAACACGGUGUGGUUCGUCAUGCCGCCCUCCUUCAACCUCUCCGCACCCGUGUCGCACAGCCGCAAUGACACGCGCGCAUUCGUCAGCGACCUAACGAGCAACUCCUCCCUCAGCCGCCGCUUCAUCACCGCGCGCCUGCUGGCCUACAGUGUGGACCUCACCGCGGUCCGCACCGCGCGCAUCAGCUCGGUGGCCAUCCUGGACGCCAACACGGACGACACCAUCUACGACCCCAACUACUGCAACUGCACACUCAAUGUGACCAUCUUCUUCACCACGGCAGUGCUCUCGGCCUUCCCCGUGCCGCAAGUCCUGGACGACUACGAAGCCAUCGCACCGCCCCCGCCACCCACCCGCAAGCCGCCCAGCCCCAAGCCACCCGGCAACCCCAACACCCCCAGACCGCCCAGCCCGCCCUACCCCUACCCCAGCCCCAGCGAGCUCCGGCGUCGCCUGGCACUCGGCUCCUCCUCCUCCUCCUCCUCCUCCUCAGCCACCCAGCAGCGGGGUUGGUGGUGGUGGGGGUCGUCCCGACGAAGGAGCGCACUCAGCAGCGCCUCCCCCUCCUGGCGGGAUGACGUACUCGGGGAUGAUGUGUACGACACCGCGGAUCUGCCGUACGAGGAUGAGGGUGACGACAGCUACCUGGCAGAGCUGCCUGGUGAGGGGGGUGUGCUGUACCCCGACAGGCACCUCCACGGCUCCCUCCCCGCCCCGGCGGGGCACUACAUGGAUGGUGUUGCUGCUGCCGGUUACAGUCCGCUCGUGCCUGCGGUCGUGCCCGCUGUGCCCGCGUCCUCCUACCUGCACAGCGCCCUCAUCUCAGCGGGCGGCAGUGCUGCCCCUGCUGCUGCUGUUGUUGUUGUUGUGGGUGGCAGCUCCCUGCAGCCGCCCCUAGGCGGCAGCGGCAGCAGCAGUGGCCAGUUCACCUCGGGUACGGCAGCCGUGACCAUCGGCUCCCGCACCUGGCGCCUGCACGUGCGCCCCGGCACCUCGCAGCAGUGGCAGCAGCGGCAGCCCCCCGGUCCCCAGUCGCGGGAGGAGGCCAGUGCUGCACAGGCGGUGGAGGCGGAGUUCCGACAGGGGGUGGAGGUGCUGGGGCGGGUGUUCAGCAGCCGGGGCGGGCCGGCGCGCGACCUGCCGUUUGGCGAGGAGCUGCGUCGGGCGGCGGUGGCGGCCUGGGAGGACGCGCAUGGACUGCACUCAGGAAACGGCAACGGCUCGGACGUUCAGCGGCAAUCGCAAGAUGGCGACCUGCAGUCCGCGCGGGUUGCUACGGACCUCCUGGCCGCCCUGAACGGCACCACCAAGCCGAGCAGCACCCAGGACGCGGCAGCAGCCGCAGCCGCGCCACCCCCCGAGCCCCCCAGCCGGCGUACGUUGGUUCGCGAGCUGCUCACGGAGCAGCUGGUUCCCACGCUGGCGGAGAUAUCUGAGCGGCUGGCGGAGGCUGGGGAGGCGCUGGGGCAGAUGGUGGCGACCAGCAGCAGCACGCUGGACUCGCUGUACGGCGGAGGCAGUGGUUUCGGAGGUGGUAGCGGGGGUAGUGGGUAUGCGGGUGCCCAGCGGAGGCGCCUGCUGGAUGCCGCCACCUCGUGCGCCCCCGCCAUCAACAGCAGCGCCGCCACCACCACCUGCACCGCGCCGCUGCCCUCCGACACGGAUGCGGCUAUGGUGGUGGUGGUGUCGCUGAUCACGGAUGUGGACCGGCUGGGAACGUACCUGGUGUCUAAUGUGACCAACGCCACCUCCACCAUCAGCAACCUGGACGACACGUUCACCACCACCGAUGUGCACUACGAGACGCUGUACAAGGAAUACACGUCCCUCGCCUCCGACUACCUCACGCAGCUCAACACCCGCACCGACACCGUGCUGGCCAACCUGCUCACGCUGCAGUCCCUCUCCGCCGCCAACGCGGCGCUGCUGUCCGCGCUGGCUGGGGUGCUGCAGAGCAGUGUCGCCACCACCAGCGAGGUGGCGGACUACCUGGGGCUCACCACCUCGCUGCUGGUGGAGGGGCUCGACGUGAGCGACAGCACCUUCUACUUCGAGACCUACAAGCAGUGCCUCAUAAAGCGAGCCGGCGGCGGUCAGAGGUUCUACUUCACCGUCAACCGAGUGGAGGCCGCAGCUCGGCAGGCGGACCUGGCCUCCGGGGUGACCGCUGCUCCCCCGCCGCCCCCGCCCGCCCGGGUGGCCUACAGCGUGCUGGCCGCGCAGCAGUUCUCCACAGUGGGCGUGUCGGCGAGCGUGUCGGCGGGCGGCCUCCGCCGCAGCGCCCUCGCCUCCUCCCUGGCCAGCGCCGGCAGCAGGGUGGUGGGCGCCGCCCGCCCCUCACCCCCACCCCACCCGGCUCCCUGAGCACCGCUCCACCCCCCGCCGCUCCUUCCCCCCCGCCCUCACCACCCUCCCCACCCUCGCCUCCCGACCAAGCUGCCACCAACAGCACCGACUACCCCACCCCCUCCUCCUCCUCCGAGGGUCGCAUGUUCUUUGGCGGCUAUGAGGUGGAGCUGGCAGCCGGGAAGCCGCCUGCGGGGCUGAGCAUCCGACUGGACUCGAACGGGGUACCUGAGCGCACGCGCAUCGCCGGGGUGCGCAGCAACUGGGUGAUGGGCGGGCUGCUGCUGCAGCAGGUGCGGCACCCGCUGGGGGAGGUGGUGCUGGGGAGCGGCUCGGCGGCCUGCCAGUCCAAGUACGCCAAGCUGCGGGCGGACUGCGUGAGGGUCAAGUACAGCACCACCAACCUGCAAGACCUGGGCGGCAUUGGAGAGGACCCCGUCUUCGACAGCGGCUCCCCCCUCUACCUCCCCGACGUGGCGGGCCGCCCCUGGACCCGCUACAACUUCUCCGAGGGCAACACGGAGAUCUCCUCAGGCGACAUCCCCUUUGGAUUCAACCACUACCCCAUGCCCGGCAUGCCCGACGGCUACCCCAUCUUCUUCGACACGCGCCUGGGCGCCAACCGCACCUCCCAGCUGCUCUCCUACCUCAAGGAGGGCCGCUACCUCAGCCCCAUCUUCACCUCCCACAUGCUGGGUCAGAUGCUGGUGUACAACCCGGCGGAGAAGGUGUUCGGAUUCUGGCGGGCCACAUUCAGCUGGGGCGGGGACGGGCGGGUGCAUCUGAAGCACUGGCUUGCCGCCAUCCCCGCGGUGGACUACAGCAGGUACAUCCAGGAGCGCGCGUACGGGCGGUUCGUACCCGAUUGGAUCAUGGUGCUGUUCGUGUCGCUGUACGGCGCCGCUACGUUGCUGGAUGUGGUUCGUGCGCUGCUGCACCAGCGGCGGCUGCAGCGGGCGAGGGACGGAGAGGCGCUGGAGAAGAUCACUCCCGAGGAGCUGUUCCGCCGCAAGCAGCAAGCCAAGCGGCGCUGGACCUGGCGAGUGACCCCCUUCUGGGUGUGCUGGGAGGUGGGCGCCUCAGCGCUGCAGAUCGCCUCGCUGGCGCUGCUGUACUGGUACGUCUUCCAGCUGAGCCCCGGUGCGCCCACCGCCACCACCUUCGACGUGUACGAUGCGGAUACCUGGGCGCCCGCGCGGUACUUCAUGGUGAAGAAGAACGAGAGCGGCUGGAACCCCUACAUGGCCAACCAGCUGCUGUCCAUCGAGAUCCGCUCCGCCUCCGCGCCCUCCAACCAGUCCAUCGACCUGGCUGCCACCGCCACCUCCCUGCCGCUGCCCGCCAUGCCGGCCGCGGGGGGCGACUACCGCUGGAUGCUGCCGGACGACCUGGCGCCGCUGCGGCAGCUGGCGCACACGUACGAGUAUGUGGGGCGCAUGGAGCACACGUGGACCCUCUACUACUUCCUGCAGGGUAUAGUGUUGGUGAUGCUGAUGGUUCGGCUCAUGCACUACGUCGCCUUCCAGCCGCAGCUUGCCCUCAUCGGGGGUGCCAUCACCCGCGCCCUGCCCAUGCUGGCCUACUGGGCCGCGGUGACCUGCUGCGUGGUGGGCUGCGUGCUGGUGCUCCUCGCCACCAGCUUCGGCUACCGCCUCUCCAACUUCGCCACCCUCAGCUCCGCCGCCUACACGCUGAUGCGCUACAUCAUCGUCAUCAACCGCAAUGGCGACUCGCGCGCCACCAUCACCGAACUCCUGGACAUGAGCCGCCUGGAGGCGCACCCCGGGGAGCUGGCGGUGUCGGGACUGGUGCGCGCGCUGGGCCCGCUGUUCCUCGUCUGGUGCCUCUACGCAUUCGUCUUUGCGAUCAUUCUUCGGCAGUUCCGACGGCUACGCAAGUGGCGCCGCCGCGCGCCCACCCUGGCAGCCGACAUUCGCAACAUGGUCCGCUGGUGGCAGCAAAAGUCCUGGUACAACGCGCCACGCAACAAGGAGAUCGACCGAACCAUCGACUGGAUCACUCGUCCGGAAGUACGGCACAGUUGGGCGUACGGCGCGCUGUACAAUGUUGUCGUACGGGGUGUGGCGGCGAUGUCGGGCGGUGUGGCGCUGGCUCGGCGGCACCCGCUGCAGCACCAGGCGGCCACGGAGCGGGCGGUGCUGCUGACGGGGCACCCGGGGGGCACCAUGGAGGAGCCCGACCCGCGGGUCUGUCCGCGCUACAACCUGCGCUCCCUGAUUGCCGUGUUUGAGGAGCUGCUGAUGGCGAACAAGGAGCUGCGGAGGGAGCUGUACUUCUUCUUCAACACAAAUGCGGAGGAUGCCAGGUCCAAGCGCAUGAAGGUCCUAGCCCGCGUGCGCGCCCGCACCAACUCAGCCCCCAUCGACGCCUCCGCCCGAACCAUGGCGGAGACCCUAGCCCACGUCGUGCUGGAUCGAUUCGGCCGCCGUGUGCCCCGCAAGCAGGCGCGCAACUUCGCCGACCUGCUGCACCAGAUGCGGCGCCGCCUGGGGGCCGCCGGCUCCUCCGCGGGCGGCUCCGAAGCCGGCAGCAUGAGCGGCUCCUCCGCAGCCGACUCGGACGACGAUGUGCUCCCCACCGGCAUGCGGGUCGGCGAUCUGCGGCACCACGGGGGUUUCGGAGCGCAAACCGCCAUGACGCUGGCGGAGCUGCAGCUGCAGAGCGCCGUACAAACCGCCAUGCGGAAUGUACAUCAUAUUCGGGAGAACAUGGGUCGGGAGCUGGGAGACGACCCGCAGCUGCUGGCCACGUUGUUUGUGGCGCAGUUUGCGGGCAUGAUUCCGGAGCCCGAGUCGCGGCCUGCUGCGGUGCGGCCGUCGCUGUACCGGCAGCGUGUCGUGGAGCAGGGCGGGUCGAGCCUGGUGAGGCUGCAGACGUUCCAGACGUCCCGCGCUGCCACGCCUCCUCCCCCUCAGCAGCAGCAGCAGCAGCACGCUCAGGGCCCGGUGGCGGCGGUGACGGACGGUCACACGCCGGAGGGUAUGCUCACUCGGGCCCUGCAGGCCAUGUUGGCCGCCCCCACCACUGGCACCUCGCCCCUGCCUGGCGCCGUCUCGGCGGGCGGGGUGGAGCAGGGCGGUGUGGCGGACGGUGUGGCACCUGCCCGCGCCCGACCCAGGGCUGCCAAGACCCGGGCUCGCUUCAGCAACCAGCUGGAGGACACGGAGGGCGGUGCUGCUGCUGCUGCUGCGGGUGAGGCUGAACCCGAGCAGCAGCUGCAGGUGCUGCAGUCGUCAUCUCCUGACGCCAGCGUGAUGCUCCCGGAUGCGGCCGCUGCUGCCACUGCCGGCAGCCCCAGCCUGUCCCCGCUGCGCCCCGGUGCGCACCCGCUCGCCGGCUCCCGGACCGCCCGCAGCAUGCUGCCCUCGCGACCCAGCUGGGCCGGCGUGCAGGCCGCCCGCGCAGCCAGCGUCAGCAGCGUGCCCGCCACUCUGGGCAGCAUGGGCGGACUGCUGGGACCCGCCGCCUCCCCCCCCGCCCUCAGUGCGCCCGGCGCCGCCGCUGCCAGUGGCGGGGGUAGCAUCAACCUGUACGGCUCCAUGCCGCCGGGCAGCGCCGGACCGUCCAGCGUGCAGCGGCCGCAGAUCCACAAGAUGCGCUCCGCCAGCACCGCCGCCCUGGCCGCCGCCCGCAUGCGCAGCUUCGUGAACGGGGCCCCGGGGGAGAUCACUGGAGCCUCCUCUGCAGCCGGCGCCCCGGGAACCGGUUUCUCAACCCCGCAGGGCUCCAUGGGCCGCCGCAGCGGCGUCGCCACACCCCGCGGCGACCUCAUCGCAGCGCAGAUCGGCGCGCUGCCGCUGGACCGCGUUGUCAUCUUCGCCACCGCCGCGGGUGUCGUACAGCGCCUCACCUCCCACGUGCUGCAGCUGCUGCGGGAGCUGGAGGGGGUGCAGGCGGACGCGGACGCCAUGCUCCGCUCCACCGGGGUGCUCAUCGAGCGGCUGAGUGCCGGCAACAAGCCCUUCCCGCGCCGUGUGGCCCGCAUGAUGCCCGGCAUGCUGUCCAGCCCGGUUAACAGCCCGCCCGUGUCGCCGCAAACAGAGAAGCCGCCAGGAUGGGAGGACGCGGCGGCGGCACGAGUGGCGGCCGCGAAUGCCGCGUUGGCUGCCAAGGUGGCCGCGUCGGCAGCUGGCGCCGGUGCCGGAACUACCAGCCCGCGCUUCGGCUCGCUUCGUGUCCGCGUGGAGGAGCCGGAGGACAUGCUCCCGCUGCCGCCACCUCCCGGCCUGCGCGGCGCGGACAGCUACAACAACAGCCCUCGCAAGCUGCCUGCCCUGCAGUCGCCUCCAGCCGCACUGGCGCCGCUGCAGCUCAGCUCCCCCACUGCAGCCCUGCUGCGGCCGCCGCAGCCCACGCCGCAGGAGACGCCGGACCGGUCCCCGCCUCCCGAGUCGACCUCCGAGCUGCCUCCGCUGCCGGUGGCCGCCAUGCCGUACAGCUCGGCCGCCAAGACGGGCAUCCUGAACCCGCGGCUGGCGCAGCCGGUGGACGAGAUCCGCGAGGUGGCUCCGGAGCCCGUACCCGUGACGGUUGCGGUGAAGACGAAGCGGGCGACGCAGGGAGGGGACGCGGCGGCACUGGCCGCAGCUGCCCUGGCCGACACCGAGGCUGACCGGGAGGCUCGGGAGGCGCUCGCGGAGGAGGCGGGCAUCCCCCGGCCGCCCCCCGGCCCGCCUGCAGUGUCGGUGGUGCCGCCGCUGCUGCCCCCGCGCACCUUGUCCGCCUCCUCGGCGACCAGCCAGACAUUCGAGCCGGGCAUGCGGCUGCUCACCCCGCCGGACAAGGCCCACCGGCGCUCCGGCACCCCCCGCUCCAGCACCCCCCGCGUGGGCAGCCCGCUGCCGCACACGGAGGCCAUCCUGCGCCUCUCGCCCGAGCCCUCCUUCAGCAGCAGCACCGGCAGCAGGCCGGCCACACUACCCGGCGCGGCUGCGGCUGCUGCAGCAGCAGGUGCAGCGGGUGCCCUUGACCGCACCCCCGCCCGCGAGGCCGCGGAGGAGGCGGGUGCGCAGCGCAACCUGCCCCCCGGCGGGUCCGCGAGUGGCGAGAAUGGAGUGGAGGAGCUCCGACUGCCCGAGGCGCCGGCCGCCUGGGGGAGCGAGGCUCCUCUGGUGGACGCACCCGCCCCGGUGGAAGAGGAGGUGCUGCCCCUGGGUCUGCCCUCGCCCGCCUCCCACCCGCACGGCCGCAUGGCCUUCACCGAGGCCUCCCUGGCGCCGCGCACCCACGACCCCGCGGAGGACGCACCCGGAGGGAGCAGCGCCCGCCCCGCCGGCCCGCUCCCCAGCGGCGCCUCCACCGACACGGAGAUCGUGACCGAGGAGGACAUCCGCGACGAGUCGGCGCUGGGGCUGCCCGGUGUGGGCAGUCCCGGCCGCCCUCGCCGGCAGCCCCCGCCCCGACCGCGUGCCCGCUACGUGCCGCCCCCCUCGCGGGAACCCGACAUGGAGUCCGAGCCGCUACCGCCGGCAGCGCCCCCGGGCCCGCCAGCCAGCCGCUCCGCACGGCUGCUUACCGGCGUGCCCCUCCCGCCGCCGCCCUCCGGGGUGCCUGCGCCGCUCAAGCGCCGCGGCGUGUCCCUGGCGGCGAGCCCCUCCGCCACCACCAACUUCAGUAGCAGCGUGCAGCCGCCGCGUGUUCUCACACCGGAGGCCGCCCUGUCGGUGAUCCAUGAAGCCCUCGCGAGCACUAGCCGGCCCAGCCGCGCCGCCUCACGCAGCGUGGCGGUGCCACCGGACAUGGAGCGGCGGCAGGCGCAGCUGGCCCGGCAGCAGGAGCUGCUGGCGGCAGCACAGGCGGCAGUAGCUGCGCGGAGAAUGCGGGGUAACGCCGCCAGCCGCGGCGUCAGUCGCGGCGAGCCCGGGCUGAGUGGCGGCGAGACGUCGCCGUACCUGUCGGAUGAGGAGCGCACCAGCGGCCGCCCCGGCGGCAUGAGCUCCGGUGCGAGUGUGUCCGGCGGCGUGCAGCCGAGCAACGCGGAGAUGCUGGCGGCGGCAGCGCUGGAGCGGCGGCAGGCGGAGGAGGCGGCCCACCAGGCGUACGUGGCGGGGCUCAUGUCGCGCAUGCGAGCCGGCAUGUCGGGCACGGGAGAGAGACUGGCGAUGUCAGGACGUCUGGUGGCGCCGGCGGAGGCUGCCAGCGCGCCCUUGUCGCAGCUACCUCCGCCGCAGCUGCUGCAGCGGCCGUCGAUGGGCGGCCGCAGCGGCGGCGGUGCCCCGCGUGAGAGUGCUACCAGCGACACUGGCAGUGAGACGGCGGUUGUGGAGCCGCAGCUGCAAGGCCCCGGCAUCUUGUUCCCCGUGCCCACACCCGCACGGCACGGAGCCACCAUGUCACCCCUGCGGGCGCGUGCUGCAGCCAUGGCGGCUGCCGCCCGGAACGCGGGUCGCAGCUUCGGUGGAGCGGGUGCGGCGGCAGCGGCAGUAUCAGCAGGGGGUGCGGGAUCCUCGGGAGGCGGAGCUUUCGGACCCAUCGUGGCUCCGCCGCCGCUGUUCACGAGUCCCACGCCGCUGUUCAACGCCUCGCCCUCUCGCCGUCGCUCUGCGGCCCCCGUGGCUUCGGAGGCGUCCGCUGGAGGUGCGGCGCCGGCAGCGUCGCAGGAGGAGGCUCAGGUGGAGGCAGGAAACGAUGUUUCGAUUGAGGAUGUGGACUUCGGCACGUUGCAGCGCGGAGGUGAAUUCAUGCCGGUACCCCGGCGUCGGCAGGCAAAUGAAUAGUUGCAAGGGUUUGAUGGAGUUGUGAACAUGUGUGCUGAGAAAAGGAGUUACAGUGUGGGGACGUGUAUGUGGCCACUAGGGCUCCCUUCUGUGUGUGUAUGGUUGUCCAUAGGAAGCAGAGGUUUGUGGACUUUUGUGUGGUUAGGUUGGGAAGUGUCGUUUGAGGGCGCAUGUGUUGUUGCUGCUGCUGCUGUUAGAAGCCCAGCUGGCUUGGUGGCUGUCGUCUGCAGCUUAGGAGGUCUCCAUUGUUUGCCCGCGCGCGUUUUGACAGGACUGGUGGACCAUGUAUUACGCGUCUAGACAUAAGAGGAGUUGUCAAUAAUAGUGUUUACGGAUUUUGCUGCGAUGCGCUUCUACUUUAUUCUGCGCUCAUCCUGCGCUCAUCCAUAGUAGCAAGAAGGUGCUCAGUGCGUGCGUGAUUCCCUGACUUGCGCGCGGUGUCAUGAGUUGAAUGUGAUCAGGUGCCCGGAUGAUGCCUUGUGUCCUAUCGUGUCGUGUCAUGGCACGCUAACAAAGUGCGUGCAAGCGAGUUGCUUCGUUUGAGCAGACUCACUUAUAGCGCCCCCACGUGGGCUGUUCUUACCUUACUAAUGAACGUUCCCAACUUCAUGCAAUGCUGGUUGUGUGCGCUGCUUCUGUGCUGUCGGUGCAUGUGGGACAUGGCUUGCGCGGUCUUAAACUCCACCUUAGUUGCUGGGCCGCUGUCUGCUGCAGUGCUGCUGCUAGGGAAGCCAUACCUGCCUGCCUUCCCAGACCAGGUGCCGCGGCGCCCUCGCCGCUAGGCGUCCUGUCUUGCAUUACCCGCCCCCGCCUGCCAUGACUCUAGGCACACGGCAAUACGUGUUUUGACUGUGGGACAUGCUAGCUUUGCCUGGCAUUGCGCUGUGACCUUUAAGUGAUCUCGAAGAGGUGUAUCUUGCAUGGGUUGUUGGUUCGGGUUCGGGUUUGGGAUUGGGUAGACAUAAGCACGCUCGCCGCAUGUCUGGCUGACCAGGCUCUCAGUGUGACUCGGGGGGAGCAGUGUGCGCUGCUGCUGCCUUGACUGGGAUCCGGGGUUCAUGUGCGUGCGUAGUAAUCAUGUGUUGGAGUUGGGUUUGGGUUCUGCCACUUGGUUCCUGCUUCCUAAACCGUUGACAUCCAGGUCAGGUGGCAAUUGCACCCCCUGGCUGUGCUUGCUGCCAUGGGCGGCUUGAAUGAAGUCCGCGCGAGUGCGCAUUACUGCUUGUUACUUUGUUAGGUUACCGCAGCGGCCGUUGACACGUUUUGCAUUAACCAGCCGUCGGCGGUGGCGGCCUUGCAUACCGGUUGGCAUGCAUGCAUCCUCUGCUGCUGAC